AUGUCUUCAGCACGUGGCCGAGGCGGCAAGUUCAGCAAGCCCAAGCGUGGCGGCGGAAAGCACUUCUCGAGAGACCUCCAGCCCAUCAAUGCUGAUGGCGAGGUCGAAGGCAUGUGGGGUGAACCAUCCAAGAAGGACGACGAGUCCUCUGAAGAAGAAGAGGAAGACUCUGAGGAGGAAUCCUCCGAGGACGACGGCCAGCCCAAGCAGGAGCUCACCCGCGAGGAGCGCCGCGCCGCCGCAAAAGCCCGUAAGCAGGCCGCGAUAGCAAAGCAGCAGCAGAAGGUCGCCGCCCCCGGUGACCUACCCACCGACUCCGAGGAGGAGGAAGACGACGAUGACGACGAUAUGCCCGCGAACCCGAACCACACCGCCAAGGCGCGCAGCCAGGCCGCGAAGCCCGUCGCCAAAGAGCCUGCGGAGAGCAGCAAAGGCAAGGCCAAGGACAUCUCGCAGCUGUCACGCCGGGAGCGCGAGGCCUUGGAGGCUCAGCAGGCCAAGGCAAGAUACGAGAAGAUGCACGCUGAAGGCAAGACCGACCAGGCGCGCAGUGAUUUGGAGCGUUUGGCGCUCGUCAGGGAGCGUCGUGAGGCCGAGGCUGCCAGGAAGAAGGCCGAAGCCGAGGAGAGGGCAGAGGCAGAGAAAGCCAGGGCAGAACAGAUGGAGCGUGAGGCAAGGAGAAGGGAGGCCGCCAUGGGAAGCGCAAAACGCGGAAAGGGCAAGAAGAAAUGA